GGUUUGUAGUUAUAUUUACAUAUUCACAAAACUGAAGAAUAUGUUUAAGUAAGAGUCAUUAGUUGAAAAAUUAUUUUAAAAAACUGGUCUUUAAACACUGAAAGUCUGAAAAAAAAGUUGUUGACCUUUUUGUAAACUUCAAAUUUUAUUUUGAAGUUUUUAUUUGAUUUAUUUCCCCCCAAAAAUGGAUAAUACUCAGGGAAAUAUGCAGGAUCUGAGCCAUGAAGAUGUAUGGGAUGACACUUUACUGAUCCAGCAGUACGACUCAAGCAUGGAACAGCUCAGGAAGAAAGCUGCUCUUCAAAUUCCAAUUUCAAAAACAUCUCAUAAUUCCUCAACCAGCCAGGCUGGAAGCAGCGGAAUGUUCUCAUCAGUACCCUCAGGAGUGAAGAAAUUUCAACCAACCAAAAAGGCUCCAGCUAAACCUCAGUGGCAAGUGGGCGCAGCUUGUCGUUGUGAGUUCAGCGAGGAUGGCAAAGUGUACGAGGCCACAAUUGAGGCCAUCACUCCAAGCUCCAACCUAGCCACUGUUACCUUUGUAGGAUAUGGCAACUCAGAGGAUAUUCCUCUCAGCAAACUACUCAGAUCAAAAGGAGCAGCUGCGCGUAGACAACAAGAAGCUAAUGCUGCUCAAGAUAACGACUAUGAAGAAGAGGAAGAAGAAGAAGUAGAACUUGAGAGCGGAGUGGGCGAGGACGAGAGCAGUGACUGCAGCAGCAAACUCACAACCCCCAAGAGCCGCUCGAGCAGAAGAGCAGACUCGGCCCACGUGACGAGCAGCAGUACAGCCACGAACAGCAGGCACAGUUCCUUCUCCCGCCUGUCCAUGCCGGACGGUGGAGGCGUGCUACCAGAUUUACCACCACCUCCUCCACUGGGCAUGUCAUUCUCUGGCCUGGAGGACAGCGAGAUGCUGCAUACCUUGCUCAUGAGCUGGUACAUGACUGGCUACCACACCGGCUACUACAGGGGCGUCAAGAUGGCCAAGCACAGACACCGACACCACUGAUAGGCAGCACAGCUUUAUGACAUAUGGGAAAUGAUAACGAAUCAUGUUUAGCAGGGCGUCGGAUGUCUUGUGUGCUUCAAUGAGCUUCAGCACAUGGACACACUGAACAACCUCCCGCGAACAACUUUUUAAAUACUGAGCCUUUGGUUAAUGAAAAAGUUUAGUUUCUUUUCUAUAUUAGGAUAGUGCCCUGUAGCGAGAGUGACCGACUUGUAGUGAGAGUGACCGUUGUAGUAUAUGACAAGUGUGACCGACAUUGUAUUUAUUCAUUAUUCUAAGUGUUCAUCUCCUUUGAAUGUCUCAUCACCGUGGUAUCCACUAUGUGUGACUGAAUAGCGAUAAAAUGUGGUUUCUCUGAUGCGUUGUUAUCAGGACAUUCACAAAUACUUAUUGGGAAAGUUUUUUUUUUUUUCUUAAAGAACGUAAUGCUUUUUAUUAAGCUGACAUCAUUCAAUACGAUAGGCACUCAAGGCUAUAAUUUCGCUGUCUGUGUUCAUAUCUAAUCUGUCUAUAGGAAGAUUACAACAAACCUUAGCCGAACAUUUUAGUGUAUUUUUCUAUGCACUUUGAAUAAAUUCGCGCUCAUACCGUAAGAAACCAUUAUCAUUGACACAGCGCAUCUCGUUAGUCUCUGUUCUUAUUUUAUUUUCUGAAGAUGAGGAAAUCUGAGCCUCUUCGUUUUAAGGUUCCAUGCUUUAUGCCUUCAUCGUGCGUGGAUGACGUGUGUGUCACGAGGAUGACGUGUGUGUCACGAGGAUGACGUGUGUGUCACGAGGAUGACGUGUGUGUGUCACGAGGAUGACGUGGGUGUCACGUGGAUGACGUGUGUGUCACGAGGAUGACGUGUGUGACGCUCUUAAUACGAUUGAGACACGUUACAAGGUUACAGGAGUCUCCUUUGAUUUUCAGCGAAUAAAAUGUAGUGUUUUUGCUUGUAAAGAAUAAUUUUAAUGCUUUAAAAUGAAAACAUAUGUUUCCUAGA